UUUUGAAUUUUACGGUUGGGGCUGACGCUGUGUGUGACCUGGGCCCUGUACCGGGGCCCCGUGAGACCGGCCUCUAGGGUUUGCAAUGGCCGGCAUUCUCAUCUCCCUGUUCAGUGGCCUGGGCCAGGCCUUGGACCUGCUGUGCUUGCUGCUGGACCUUAAUUUCUGGCUGGUCUCCUCUGCGGUCGCUGCUGUCUCGGGCAUCCUGCAUUUGCUGCUCUGCUUGCCUGGUGCGGUGGCGUGUUUGUUCACCCUGUGUUACAACCUGCUGGGGCUCCUGGUACUGGGGGCGGCCCAGUUAUGUCACUGCACCUUGCAGUUCAUUCUCAACCUGCUGUGCAGUUUGCUGAGAGUGGGCUUCACCCUGGCAGAAACUCUGAAGUUGGUGGGGCACCUGCUUUCUUACCUGAGCUUGAGGGGACGAGAGAUGCUGCAAAGGGGAUUUGCCAACGCUUUCAGCUCUGGUCACCUCUUUCUCAAGCAGGUUUGGGAUGCUGUGGGGAUCAUGAUCAGCCUAUCUGCAUACUUUGUAAAUACUUUAAUCAACUUGUUCCUCAUUGGAACCCAGAAUCUCCUUUCUCUUGUCACGGUACUGUGGGACCCCCUGAUCAGAGUAUCGGAUGUCUUUGCUUCAGUUCUCACCAGUUUGUCUAACAGUGUCCUUGGCAAUGUGAUCCUGCUGUGGACUCCAUGCCAGUUUGUCAUUGAAGUCCUGAUAUCCCUCACCAAACUGUUGGCUGAUGUUUUUCUCCUGAAUCUGUAUGGGUUGGCAAUCACUUUUGUUGUAAUCUUCACGACAACAAUAUAUGCAAAUCCAGAGAUAAUACUGAGGAUUACUAAUCAGGUGACUCUAUACUUGAGCGUUGCACCAAAUUUUCAUUGGGUCAGGAGAAAUAUUGCACAUAUCUAUGGAUUAGUAGUGGCUACUGUGCAACUGAUGGCCAACUCUGAGAUGUGGCGACGAAUAUACAGUCAACAAUUACAAGGGUUGAAUGCUGGUUAUAUCAGUAAUUGGCCCCUUGACCAAAGAAGGCAGCGCCAGACUGAUCAUAAUGAGAACUUGGAGGACCAAACAAUCAUGGACCAACAGUUAACUAUCCAGUUAGAACAGCAAACAGAUCCCAGCCCAGCCCAAGGAGAUGGUAACCCUGUAAGGGAGCAACAUUUGACCAUGGCUGAGACAUCUGUAUGUGGACCAGAAGCUGGCAAUGGAUCUUUGCAUUCAGUAGCAAAACCAUCAGGCAGCAAAGACAAUGAUAGCAAUGUUCCUGUGGAAAAUAAUCUUUGGAUGCUUUUGAAGGAGCAAGAAGAACGAAAAAAAUGUGUUAUUUGUCAGGACCAAGCAAAAUCUGUUUUGUUGCUCCCAUGUCGACACUUAUGCCUCUGUCAAGGUUGCACAGCUAUUCUCUUGGAGCAGCCCAUCUACCAACGCAACUGCCCACUUUGCCGCCAGAUGAUCUUACAAACAUUGGAUGUGUAUUUCUGAUUGAACAUUUGAAUAAGCUUUAAUAGAAAGGGUUUGAUUGGUCCAAUUAAAGACACUAACAAAUCA